UGCGUGCUCUCUUCGGUCAACAGUUGAAGCGCCAAACUCAACGUUUGUUUUCUUUAUCUGUUUGUCUUUGCUUCUUAUUCCGUUAUAUUCAUCUCUCUUUUACACACCAAACCAUUUGUUCCGUUUGUUUCCCGAGAGAACACUCAGAUUUUACUAAGAAACACUCUGAAUCUCUGGCAUUUGAAUGACGUUCUAAUCAUCCGCCUUUUCUCUUUGUUUCUCUUCAACUUUCCUUCCAACCUAACCCUAUCGUUUUGCUGUCUGUCGUCUACUUAUCAACUUCUGCCGUCUCUUUCUAUGAUUCUUGUAAUACGUUUACGUUCCACCUCUUAAGUUUAGAAUCCAUGGAAAUUUUCUGCUAUCUGGUUGCUCUCUGAUUCCUGGAAAAAUCAGCAAUAUAGUUUAUGUUGUGAAACACGUGUGCUUUGUACAUGCAUAGUUCAGUGAAGGAGAAAAUUAGGGUUUCAAGUGUAACGAAGAGUAAAGCGAAAUGGAAACUGGAAAAGGCGUGUCUGAGAAAAAAGGGACCAAUGCAAACGAUGUCGUACUACACAUUUUACAUCCUGAAGAAGCUUCUUCUACUAAGGUGGAAUCUUCCAAUAUUGAAGGAACAGAGUUACAGAAUGUGAGAUGCAGAGCGAAAGCAUCCACAUUUAUAAGCUCACCUUCUCGAGAUAUUGUUAAUUCGACUCCAGCUUCAAAUAAGCCUCCUAAAAUCCCAACUCAGUCUUUAACUCAGAGGAAGUCGCUUGCAAGAUCCGAGUUUUCGAAGCCCAAAUCAAGAUUGGUUGAACCUUAUAAUCCCAAUGAUGCUAAAGUGGUGGAAGAAAAACCAGAGUUGGUGACUUCGAGCUCCCCCCACAGGAACUCACCAAAGGUUUCCACUCCAAGGGAGAACUUGAAAUCAGCUCCUGUUACACCAAAAACACCUUUGAUUGGAACUCCGGGAGAGGACGAGGAGGACGAUGAAGAUGUUUACAAGACUAGUCUGAAAGUGAGUGAAAAGAAGGGUAAGAAAAUGAAUUUUUUUGUCAUAAUUGAGUGGGUUUUACUCGUAGGUGUAACAGGGUUUUUAGUUGCUAGCUUAAUAGUGAAUAAAUUGCAACACCGCAUGAUUCGGGGUUUAGAGCUGUGGAAAUGGUGUGUGUUGAUUGUGGUGAUUUUUUGUGGUAGAUUGUUCACUGGAUGGUUUAUGAAUAUAGUGGUUUUUUCGAUCGAAAGGAACUUCUUGCUUAAGAAAAAGGUUAUGUAUUUUGUUUAUGGGUUGAGGAGGAGUGUCAGAGUUUUUAUUUGGCUAUGUUUGGUUCUUUUAGCUUGGACCCUGUUGUUUAAUCAUGGAGUUAAGAGAUCAAAAAAAGCUACUAAGAUUCUAAAUUAUAUUACUAGGGCUCUUGCUUCUUGUCUCAUUACUUCGGCUCUAUGGUUGGUGAAGACUUUGUUUGUUAAAUUACUUGCUUCUUCUUUCCAAGCUACAAGAUUCUUUGAUCGCAUUCAAGAAUCAAUCUUUCAUCAAUAUAUACUUAAGACUCUUUCUGGACCUCCAUUAAUGGAGAUGGCUGAACAUGUUGGGAGAUCAAAUACUCCUGGGCAGUUGAGUUUUAUGAGUGGGAGAAAAGAAAAUAAAGAGCGAAAUGAGGAGAUGAUUGAUGUGGAAAAGCUGAAAAAGAUGAAGCAAGAGAAAGUUUCUGCUUGGACCAUGAAAGGGUUAAUUAAUGUCAUUAGUGGCUCAGGGCUGUCUACUAUCUCAAAUUCACUUGACAAUUUCAAUGACGAGGAGGGUGAGCAGAAAGAUAAGGAGAUUACUAGUGAAUGGGAAGCAAAGGCUGCUGCUUAUCAGAUUUUCAGUAAUGUUGCCAAGCCUCAUAGCAAGUACAUUGAUGAGGAGGAUCUAUUGCGCUUCAUGAAAAAGGAGGAGGUGGACAAUAUGAUUCCACUGUUUGAAGGAGCAGCAGAAACAAGAAAGAUCAAGAGGUCUACUUUUAAGAAUUGGGUGGUUAAAGCUUACCUUGAUCGAAAGUCUCUGGCACAUACCUUAAAUGACACCAAAACAGCCAUAGAAGAGCUGAACAGGAUUAUUUCAGGAAUUGUGAUUGUUGUGGCCGUUAUUGUGGGGUUGCUUAUUAUGGGACUUUUAACAACCCAGAUACUUGUAUUCAUUUCAUCCCAACUCUUACUUGUGGCAUUCAUGUUUGGUAACACUGCCAAGACUGUAUUUGAAGCUAUCAUAUUUGUCUUUGUGAUGCACCCAUUUGAUGUAGGUGAUAGAUGUGUUAUUGAUGGAGUACAGAUGAUCGUUGAGGAGGUGAACAUUUUGACAACAAUCUUUUUGAGAUUUGACAAUGAGAAAAUAUUCUAUCCCAAUUCAGUUCUAGCUACAAAACCCAUCAGCAACUUUUACCGGAGCCCAGAGAUGAGUGAUUCUGUGGAGUUUUCUAUUGAUGUUUCCACGUCAUUGGAGAAGAUUAAAGCUCUAAAAUCUAAAAUAAAAAUGUACUUGGAGAGCAAGCCGCAACACUGGCGUCCGGCUCACAAUGUAGUGGUUAAGGACAUUGAGGAUGUGAACAAGAUGAAAAUGGCUCUCUUUGUUACACACACUAUUAACUUUCAGAAUUAUGGAGAUAAAAACAGUAGAAGAUCCGAACUAGUCCUCGAACUAAAGAAAAUAUUCGAAGAAGUUAAAAUCGGAUAUCAUCUUCUACCCCAAGAAGUUCAGGUCAGUUAUAUCUCUGUUCCACCACUUGCAAGGUGAUCAUCUUUAUUGACUACACUCUUCCCUGUACACAUUCAGACUCAGAGAGACUACCUCUUAUCUCUUUUAAGUGUAGCACCUAACUUUCUUCAAUAUUCUCCAUUCUCACCUUGCUUUCAUUAAUAAGGACAUAGAAAAGAAAACACCAUAACAAUAUCAAUAGAGAAAUUCAUUAUCUGUCA